GGACUUUUAAUUUGGAAUGGCGACGUGGCGUCAUAAGGCCGCGCCGCGAGACGCGUCUGCGUUUGGACUGAAGAAAGAAAAAUUCCUGGUGAAGCGACUGAGAUCCACGUGAAUUUUAUAAAGAUGGAGUUUAUUAAGGAGGAGAAUGAAGACAUGAAGAUUGAAGGAGCUUUCAGUGUGAAGCAAGAAGAUACUGACACACAAACAGACCUGAUGGCACCUAAAGAGGAGAGUGAAGAACUGAAAGAAAUGGAAGAGAAAGACCAGACACAUAAUUCCAUGACUGGAGAAAAAUCCACACAGACUAAAAAGAUUUCCUCACGAAAAAAGACUAAGAUGACCAAAUCUAAAUGUUCUUUCAUCUGCCCACAAUGUGGAAAACGUUUCACUCAAAAAGCAAACCUUAAAGUCCACAUUAGAAGUCACACUGGAGAGAAGCCUUUCACCUGCAAACUGUGUGGGAGGAGCUUCUCACGAAAAGAAAGCCUUAAGAUUCACAUGACAAUUCACACUGGAGAGAAGCCAUUUGUAUGUGGUCAGUGUGGAAAGAGUUUCAGAUGUAAGGAAAUCCUUAAUUCCCACAUGAGGGUCCACUCGGAAGAGACCCAUUUUAGAUGUCAUCAAUGUGGAAGGAUUUUCCGAUUCAAAAAAAACCUCAAUACUCACAUGAGAGUUCACUCUGGAGAGAAGCCUUACUCAUGCCAUCACUGUGGAAAGCGUUUUGUUCAUAAAGUAAGCCACAAGAAUCACAUGAAGAUUCACAAUGAAGAGAAGCCAUUCAUGUGUGCUCAGUGUGGAACAUGUUUCAAGUAUAAAGCAACCCUUAAUGCCCACAUGAGAGAUCACACUGGAGAAACUCCGUUCACCUGCAAGUUGUGUGGGAAGAGCUUCUCACAUAAAGGAAAUCUUAAGACUCACAUGAGAAUUCACACCGGAGAGCAGCCGUUCACGUGUGAACAGUGUGGAAAGAGUUUCAUACGUAAAGAAACCCUUGAUUCCCACAUGAGAAUUCACACUGGAGAGAGCCCUUACAGUUGCAAAGUGUGUGGCAAUGGCUUCUCACGAAAGGGCAAUCUUAAUACUCACAUGAAAAUUCACACUGGUGAGAAGCCGUUCGUUUGUGACCAGUGUGGAAAGAGUUUUGGACGUAAAGAAACACUUAAUUACCACAUGAGGAUUCAUUUACGAGAGAACAGUUUAACAUGUCAUGAGUGUGGAAAGAGUUUCACAGAUAGUAAUCUCCUUAAGAAGCAUGUAGUAAUUCACAUCGGGGACAAGCCUUUCAUGUGUUAUUUCUGUGCAAAGACUUGUAAAAGCAAAUCAAACCUUGAGAAUCACAUCAAAGUUCACACUGGAGAGAAGCCUUUCACCUGCAAACUGUGUGGGAGGAGCUUCUCACGAAAAGAAAGCCUUAAGAUUCACAUGACAAUUCACACUGGAGAGAAGCCAUUUGUAUGUGGUCAGUGUGGAAAGAGUUUCAGAUGUAAGGAAAUCCUUAAUUCCCACAUGAGGGUCCACUCGGAAGAGACCCAUUUUAGAUGUCAUCAAUGUGGAAGGAUUUUCCGAUUCAAAAAAAACCUCAAUACUCACAUGAGAGUUCACUCUGGAGAGAAGCCUUACUCAUGCCAUCACUGUGGAAAGCGUUUUGUUCAUAAAGUAAGCCACAAGAAUCAUAUGAAGAUUCACAAUGAAGAGAAGCCAUUCAUGUGUGCUCAGUGUGGAACAUGUUUCAAGUAUAAAGCAACCCUUAAUGCCCACAUGAGAGAUCACACUGGAGAAACUCCGUUCACCUGCAAGUUGUGUGGGAAGAGCUUCUCACAUAAAGGAAAUCUUAAGACUCACAUGAGAAUUCACACCGGAGAGCAGCCGUUCACGUGUGAACACUGUGGAAAGAGUUUCAUACGUAAAGAAACCCUUGAUUCCCACAUGAGAAUUCACACUGGAGAGAGCCCUUACAGUUGCAAAGUGUGUGGCAAUGGCUUCUCACGAAAGGGCAAUCUUAAUACUCACAUGAAAAUUCACACUGGUGAGAAGCCGUUCGUUUGUGACCAGUGUGGAAAGAGUUUUGGACGUAAAGAAACACUUAAUUACCACAUGAGGAUUCAUUUACGAGAGAACAGUUUAACAUGUCAUGAGUGUGGAAAGAGUUUCACAGAUAGUAAUCUCCUUAAGAAGCAUGUAGUAAUUCACAUCGGGGACAAGCCUUUCAUGUGUUAUUUCUGUGCAAAGACUUGUAAAAGCAAAUCAAACCUUGAGAAUCACAUCAAAGUUCACACUGGAGAGAAGCCUUUCACCUGCCAAGAGUGUGGAAAAGGUUUUACAGUUAAAGGAAACCUUCACAUUCACAUGAGAGUUCACACUGGAGAGAAGCCUUACAAGUGUCUUCAGUGUGAGAAGAGUUUCACGUAUCCAAAAGACCUGAAACGUCAUAUGCAAAUUAAAUGUGAAAAUAAAACCGCUGUGUUCUGAGUGUAGUAAGGUUUACAAAGUGGAACAUUUUCAGAAAUCACCUGCACAUUCCCUCUGGAGCAUUUAAUUAGGAGUAGUGUAAAAAAAAAAUAUCACACUUAGAGAUAAUCUGAGACUUUAUUUUUGUUCUUUGUGCAAAAGGGUUUUAAACAGUUAAUCAAUUUAAAAUGCUACCGGAAAAUAUGUAUAUGUGCA